AUGCUUCCACAGCCUGGUCGGUACGCCAGCCUUGUCUACAACGGAGUCGCCGCUUGGCGUUCAUUUCCUAUCUACCAUACGCAGAUCAACCAGCCUGUCGACACGCAGUUCAUCCAGCUGCUUGAGCAAGCAAACUUACAAGGACGCGAGGUAAUCUUGCUCAUUCACGGUAUGGCUGGACACAGCUGCGCUUCGAACGUGUAUGGACGCAUGCGAGGACGAUUCCCGAACCUACCAGUGCGCAUCAUCUACGCACUCCGCGCCUCGUUUGUCCAGCAUGCGAACGGCGCUCACAACCCACCCAACCCUCACCGCGCUUUCCUCCUCAACAUCACACCACUCUCGCCAAGAAGCUUGCAUUACAGUCAGAUGAUCAACAUCUCCAUGCUUGUCGACAACUUUCUCCAGCUCAACCAAAACCCAAUCAUGAGACGCAUCAUCGACUGGCAUCUGGAGGGGUACAAUGUGCGAACAGGUGGUUUGAUGCAUGCAUUGGUUGUGCUUGUACUCUUCACGCGAGGCGUACGCAGAAAUGCGGUUGUCUAG